ACUCCUUAACCAAACAUCAUCAACAGGAAUAGCCAAGUCAAGCAACAGCACCAACAACUAGGGGGUAGAGAGAGAAAGAAAGCAAAGCUAAGCAAAGCCAGAAAGCGAUACCAUUAAUAGGGAAUUUAAGACAGAAAGGGGAAGUUAUGAUUUCUUUUAGGGAAGAAUUUGAGGUUCAUAGAUAAAGAAACCUUUGAGGUGUUUUCAUGUAGAUAUAGAGAGAGUACAAAAGAAGAGAGAGAGAGAGAGAGAGACUGUAUGCAAUUCUCACGUGCGCAGAGAAAUAUGGAUGGAAUGAUGGAAAAAGAAAAUAUAUGAUAGGAAAAGAGUCUUUGGGUGAUGAUUUUCGUACUUUGAACUUCAAUAUACUAAAGUUCAGUUUCUGAUUUCUUUCUUUCUUUCUGUUUUUCGAGUUGUUGAUGCUUGUGAAUGCGUAUGAGAGAGAGAGAGGUCAAAAGGGUUCUUGUUUGAGUCGCGGGAUCGGUAUGGUUCCGUCAAGGAUGAUCUUUCCGGCGAUCGGAGCUUUUGUGUUCCCCAUAAAACAAACAACUGUUAUCGGUUUUCAGUAUCAUAGUUUGGGAAUUGACAAAGAGAUGGCCACUUAUUUCCCCAGUUCAAACAAUCAAAGAGAUGUUGCACCAAUGCUCUAUAUGAGCCAACCUCUGUCCAGCUCUCAUACUGAACCAUCGGUUCUUCCUGGGAAUAUGAUGAUGUAUAUGAACUACUCAUCUUCUGCUGCCUCAUAUUCGGAUACAUUGGUAGGGAAUUCCCAGCAGAUUGAUGUUAUGGCUAUGGGAGUUUCGGAUUCCAACUCAUCACAACAAGGAAUUAUGGCAAAUCUCGGGGGGUCUCGAACUGGGGAACAUGAUUUCAGUACAUGGAGGGAUGGUAGGAGUGAAAUGCUACUGAUGCACCCUAUGGAUGGUGCCAUGGACACACUUCAAAGCAGACAAAACUCUCAAGGAUUAUCCCUCAGCCUCAGUACUCAUAUUCCAUCUGGAAUUCAAAUGUCUUCUAUGCAGUACAGGAGUAAUAAUCCUGGUUUUUCUUCAUUCUUGAGUCCUAAUCCAUCCGGCGAGGGUUGUGGGAGGAAUGUGUCUUUUAGACAUGAGAACUCUCAAAAUACACAAUCAAGCAAUACUGGAAACAUUCCACAUGCUUUUCUAGCGAGCAGUCCGGAUUCAAUGAAAGCAGAUAUUUCUUCAUUUGGAAUGCCAACUACAAGAACCAUUCCGAAUUUCAAGUACCUAAAGGCAGCACAGCAAUUGCUUGAUGAAGUUGUGAAUGUCCGGAAAGCUCUGAAGCGGCAUGAUUCCAAGAAGGAGUUGGUGAAGGAUUCUAAAGAAGUUGAUGGCGGAUCAAAAGAUGAUAGCUCAGUGCCUCCCGCAAAUGGAGAGUCUUCAAACCCACGAGAGUCGUUGAGCGACUCACCAAGUGAGCUUUCAGCUGCUGAAAAACAGGAUCUACAAAAACAAGAUGACCGAGCUUUUGUCUAUGCUGGAUGA